AUGAAGAGGAAACGCAGAAACAACGACGACGACGAAUAUAUUAUUCGGAAUAAAAUAAGAAAAUUGGAGCGUAGACUUUGGCAAAAGUCACGCCGCCGCAUAAGAGUGGCCGACUCGUCUUCGGAUAAUGAUAGCAGCGGCGAAGACGGGUCCGUUUCGGCGGAUAAUGAACCACGUGCUUCACGUCGAGCCUCGUCGGGUCAAAGGUCUGCGUCACCAGCGCCGGGGACAUCGCACCAGGAGGAAACAGCUGCAGCGCAAACCAGUCGAGAUCCUGUACGUCCGACAUCUCCUCAACCAGGCCCGUCGUCUGCACCAGAUCAGUAUGUACCCGCCGAGCCCGCACAGCCCGCGCCGACCGCGGAGCCCGCACCGACCUCGAUCGAGGACAUAGAAUUGGACGAGGAUAUCCUCAAUUUACUGGGCGAGGCUCCAAAGUUGGAUACGCCCUUGGGAAAAGGUAUUCACAAGGACGUAGCUUGUAGAUGGCAGGAGGUAUUAAACAAAGGAUUACAAAAAGAAGUUAAAGACAAGUUAGCUGAAGAAUACCUAAUACCUAACAAUUGCACUUUGUUAGUGCCUCCCAUUUUAAACCCUGAAGCUAAAGCAGCGUUACCGGAUGCCUUGAUAAAAAGAGAUACCUCUUUAAUGCUUAGACAAAAACAGAUAGCGUUAGCGUUGUCGGCACUCUCGCAGGCUACGGAUAUUCUAAUAAAACAAAAGUCUUCAUCGCCUGACAUACUAAAACCCAUUAGCGACGCAUGUCGUAUUCUAUGCGAUUCUCAUUUUACCGAAACGAAAAUGAGAAGAAACUUUGUGAUUUCCGCUAUAAACACUGAUUUGAAGGACACUUUAAUUAAUACAGAAAGGGACAAAUUUUUAUUCGGCGAGAACGUGUCCGAAAAACUGAAAGCUGCGCAGACUGUACAAAAAUCAGGAGAUACAUUAAAAAAUACACAAAAGUCAUAUAAUCCAUUUAAUAAAGCAAAUUUCAUAAAGAAAAACAGGUAUCAACAAAACAAAGGUAAUUUAAACUACAACACCCCGUAUCGGAAGAUGACGAAUUACAACAACAAGUCGGAUGCGGGGCGGCCUCGUGCAGCAGCGGCGCGGCCCGCGCCGGCGCCCUCCAGCAGGUACAACACCCGCUACCGGGCCCGGGAGCGCCAGCGCGAGCGCGAGCGCACGCCUCCUCGGAGAUACCAGCGGAGACAAUAGACCAUGAGGUAAAAUACGCCGGCCGCUUGCAGUACUUCACUGAAUCCUGGUCUGACAUCACUGAUGAUCGUGUUAUUUUAUCGUGGAUACAGGGUUAUAAGAUACCAUUUGUAUCUCCUCCAAUUUGUCAAGAUCCUCCUGUAGUUUAUUCAAAAUCAGAGCAAGAAAGAUUUGAUUACAAUAUGGCUAUUAAAAAACUAUUAAAUAUAAACGCAAUUUCAAUAUGCGAACACCAUCCUGACGAGUUCCUAUCUAGCGUAUUUUUAAUACCUAAACCUGACGACAUCCCAUUUUAAAAUGGAGGAUUAUCGUACAGCGUCAAAACUGAUUACGAAUAAAUGUUACAUG